AUGUUGCUUAUUUUACAAAAUACCUUGGAAAAUCCCUCUCAACGUACAAUCUGCACAUUGGGGGAAUUGCUUGGCGACAAGCUUGUUUAUGUUGCUUUGCUUGCUUCCUGUUUAAUAAUUUUUUCUGUAUUGUGUAAUCUAAUGGUCUGGAUCAAAUUGAAGUGGGAUAUGAGGAAGAGCAAUAUCGGAAGUUGGAAUUAA